UCCUGGAAAGCGACGGCAAGGAGCUCGUAAUUUUGUUUCGACAGGAACGAUUACUUCUAGGUUGCUUCAAAAAGGCUCAGUUACCUGCUCAGCAACGGCAAGCCUAAGUCGCGAGGAAGAGUCGAGGCUGCCUUGACGAGUGGCCUGCCUCGGCCACGCUACCGACGCCCGCCUCUUACGAUACCAGCUCCCAUAUGACAGCUCUCGCACGAGCUGUGGCCAGGCUGGGAUGCCACAAUGGAGCGAAGCUUCACAUUCUCGGAGUCCCUGACCUCUGAGCUACGGCAACAGGUGAAGAAUGGGCUUGUCACCCGCCCGCGCAUCGCUCACGUGGCUUGACAUGGCCCGUGCGGUGGGUGCGGCCCUCAUCCGUUGCUCAGCUCUGGGUUGGAGGAGCACUUGGACCGAGGAGGCGGCUCUUGCGUGUCCUGUCUCGCAUUUGUCUCGAACUUCAUCACCUCAUCUCUCUCUCCUCAUCACUACGACCUCUUCCACCAUGGCCUCCUCUACGGCCACUCAGGCCUGCGUGCCACUCAAGAGCCCAGGAGCUCGCCUCGCCAUCAUCGUAGGCUACGACGCUAAACGAGUCUGGUGCAAGGACCUCAAGUCCUCUCACGGCACGUACGUCACCCGCAAGAACGUCGAGCACAAGGUCCCCAGCAAUGGCCUCUUCGAGCUCAGGUCGGGCGAUGUCAUCUCCUUUGGCAAGGACGUCACAAAGGGGAGCUCCAACUUCAAGGCGGUUAAAUGCCGCUUCAGCAGGUACACCUCGGCAACGAUCAGGAGCGCUACUGUCUCCAAGACUACGCCCGUCUCCACCACUUCUGACAUCAGCUCAGCCUCACCGUCGGCCCCUGCACUCGCCCCCGCGCCUGUCAAUCCAGCCCAUGAAGCAUACAAGGCUAAGCUAGCACCCUUCCGAGCAGGUGUCGAGAAGCUGAGCAGCUAUCGCGAGGCUCAAAAGCAGGAUGCUGCAGCCGUCCCGACCAAACCUCCUGAGCUCAUCUCUCUCAGCCCCGCCAAGCGAGCCGCUCAGUGGGUAGAGUCGGUGACGCCUUCGCAGCUACCUGCCGGCACUCCUCCUAGCGUUGGCAGUCACGCCGCCGCCGCCGCUGGCGUUGCCAACACCUCUACUGCCACGACCAGCGCUCCCAGGCCCUCCGGCAGGUACGGACUCGACAUUGGCAACAGUCAGCCCAACGAUAUGCACGAGAUCACCAAGAGCACCACUGCUACGCCUUUGUCCGCAGAGAAAGCCUCGGACAAGGCUGUCGCGGAUUUUGUUCGCAGGAACAUCAACGAUCUUGUAGCCACAGUCAGCCGCAAGGGUGCGACUGCAGAAAGCAGCGCGAGUGGUUCGGCCAGCGCCAGCGACUCGGGCAACCGCAGCUCCGCCAGCAAGGACCACAAGACCGAUGCCGGAGCUCCUGCAGACGCAUCGCUGACCAUCAAGCAGGAGUGCGCGGGCAAAAGUGACGAGCAUGCUCAGUCGCCCAAUGCACGCCUCUCGGACACCCAGGUAGUGUCCACGGAUGUUAAGAGCGCUAACAGCGACGGCAAGUCCGAUGGAGACAACGAAGAAGACGAGCCGCGUCUCAGCGAGAGCAACUCCGCCUGCCCCGCAGAAGACGGAGACCAGGCGUACAAUGAGAGUCGCAGCAGCAGCCACCGCGACCAGUCGGAGGGCGAGGAUGAGAGUGCGUCUACGAAGCCCGCUUCUGAGCUCAACCACGCGCACCGCGCCGAUGCAGGGUACGACGACGACGAGGAUCUCCUCGACUCCGAGGACGACUGGAGCUUUAACUCGGACACUCAGCCCAUCUACGACCCCUCGUACGAGAUGGGCAGCCCCGCAGUACUCGCUCGCUACGAGGCGGCCUUCAACGAGGCCUGGGACCGCUGGCUCGAGAAGGGCGUCGGGAUGAAACGCAACGGGUCGAGAGCCCGACAUGACGCCCGCUGACAAGGUUCCUGUCACCCAGCUCACUACCAGCGACGCCAUCGCCGCUGCCGCUGCUGCUGCCGCCGCCGCGGCCAAGGAACCUACGACUCCCGCCGCGCUCACCCGCGUCUGGGCAACGCCCGUCAAGCGACGCCGCCUCAGUCCACGCCGCGACGUCGUUGUAGGAGUCGCAGCAGCCUUUGCCGCUGGCGCCGUCGGUACCUUUGCAGCGCUUGCUAGCAUUGGCA